GAUAAUUUGCCUGAAAUCGCAUCAGCCCUUAACCUGGCACCUGACUACGAUCCAGAAUACGCUGCGCUCUUCAAUAUUAUCUUAUGGCUUUGUGUUUGUCUUAUUCUGGCUUUGUGGGCAAUCACUUGGGGAAUCUGGAAUAUGGAUCCAGGUAGAGACGGCAUUAUCUACAGGAUCAGCUCAGCUCGCUUGAAAAGUGAUUAG